UAGCUACCUAAUUUAACCCUGCAGCAGAGAAUUGGCUAAAUGCACUCAUCUCGCACUCUGUCUCACCAGAUGUCCUGCUGGGGUUUGCCUUUGGGCUCCGGGGUGUGUACACAGUACAGGUACUCAUUUAGCGUAGCGUAAGCUCUAUAACUGGUCUGCAUGAAAACUCCGUCAUCAUAUCAAUUGGCUUCAACUGGUGUGUAAACAAUCAAAACGGAACUUUGCCGAGAUGGAGUUCUUGUGUUGCCGGAGCUAACAUACGAUGUGAGUGUUUGGAAGAAUGAGGGACGUGUAUGAAGUGUAGAAUGCGGGAAGACCUAUCACUUUCACGAUUCCGGAGUUGAAGAAAUGGACAUUAACACGAGAAUGGAUGUAUUUGUGAGGAGUUGUUUUACCGGACUCUCGUUUUCGGUAUGAAGUUACAAGCCAUGGCUGACCGAUGCAUCCGAAUCCUCAAUCCGAAAGUUGUUUAUCAAGUCGGCUCCCCAACGCAGAUUUCAUUCAUUAUUCAGUUCUUUUUCAUCAACAUCACUCUCUACUCUUCUCUCUUAACCAAUAUCUCCUUCGCCCUAUUCAAAGCCUCCUUAGUUGUCGUUUAGAUCAUAAUGGCCCAUCUCACCCCAGAGCAUAUCUUGCACCUUUACGAUACCUUCGGAGAGCUCAGGGUGCUCGACGAUAUCAUCCGUCAUCGUUCAAAAGACAAUCCUCCUGCUCCUAUCUUGGGUUAUCCCAGAGUUGAAGAUAACCCAAGCGAUUAUGAAACCUUCACUGGUCAGCAGCUUGAUUCAUUUGUCGAUGCUGCCUGCAAGUACUUCAUUAAGAAUGGCUUGGAGCCCGUAAGUUAAUAGAAUAUACCUUCGAGAGUCAUUCGAACACAACUGACUUAUAAUCAGGGUGGAAAAAGAGUCAUUGGUCUCUAUUCUCCGUCCAAUGUAGACUUUGCCGUCACCUUCUUCGCCCUUAGCCGUCUGGGCUACACUGUCCUUUGCCUUUCCCUUCGCAUAGCACCCAUAGCUAUCAUCAACCUCCUCAAACAAACAAAAUGCGAGGUCAUAAUCCGUGGUGAUACCCCUCAAAUCGCUGCCACUUGUGAUGCCGUCGCACAAGAGGCUACUUUAAGAUCUAUCGUUAUUCCCAUGCGUGCUCAGUAUGGAAUACCACGCCCAGCAAACGAGCAGCCAUUUACAAGAGCAUUUGAUCGUGAAGUUGAGACCAAUGAGAUCGCUAUUGUCAUGCACAGUUCCGGAUCCACUGGUCUACCUAAACCAGUCUUUCUUACACACAAGAAUGUCUUGACUCAUCCAGUGCAAGGUGCUGGAAUGCACAACUUUGGCGCACUUCCAUUAUAUCACAUGUACGGUCUCUCAACAACACUACAAGCUAUGUACAUGGCAAAGAAGGCAAACUUGCCUAGUGCUACUCUGCCAAUGACAGCAGAUAACCUUAUGCUUGCCAUUGAAGCGACACAACCUGAGGUUUUCCACGCUGUGCCAUAUGCUUUGGGACUCUUAACCGAGCACCCAAGAGGUAUGCCAUAUCUUAAGCAAGCCAAAAUUGUCACUGCUGCUGGUGCUCGUACUCCAGAUGAGCUUGGCAAUCUAUUAGCCUCAGAGAAGGUCAAUAUUGGUGUCGUGUUUGGAACGUGAGCUUUCCUCUUCCCUUCAACUUUAAGUCAUGUAAACUAAUCCAAGGUAGUACUGAAGCAGGUCUUCUCGGUGAUACUAUGCGCCGUGCCGAGGGUGAUGAUUCAUGGAAUUAUGUGCGAAUCUACUCGAACAUUAGAAGUUCUAUCUACAUGGACCCCAUAGGAGACAACCAAUUUGAGUGUGUCUACCUUAAAAGUCAUCCAGGGUUGUCUGUCUCAAACUCAGAUGACCCCGCACCUGGUUCAUGGCGCUCAAAGGACGUUUUCGAGCCCCACCCAACCAUUCCCGAUACUUGGAAAUAUGUGACUCGUCUUGAUGAUCGUGUCACCUUGAGCAAUGGAGAGAAAGUUCUUCCACUUCCAAUUGAAGGUCGUCUUCGUCAAGAAGAAAUCAUUCGUGAAGCUGCCGUCUUUGGUGUAGACAGAGCUAUUCCAGGUGUCUUGAUCUUCAGAGCUUCCGAUGAGUUACCAGAUGACGAAUAUCUCGAGGCCAUCUGGCCAGCUAUUGUUGACGCCAACUCGCGUGCUGAGGGCUUCUCUCAGAUUACGAAGGAGAUGGUUGGUCUCGUACCAUCAGAUGUCGAAUACCCUAGAACGGAUAAGGGAAGCAUUAUUCGCGCACAAAUCUAUAGGAAAUUCGCAGACAAGAUUGAUGAAUUAUAUGACAGUCUUGAUGGUGACGCCGAGGGAACUCUAAAACUUGAUCUCGCUGGCAUUGAAACUUUCUUGACCGAGACUUACGAAGACAUAACUGGUCACUCUCUUGAAUCCGUCGAUACUGAUUUCUUCAAUGCCGAUAUUGACAGUCUGAGGGCCAUCCAAAUGAGACGCAUCAUCCAAAAGACUCUCGACCUUAAUGGCCAACAAUUGAGCAGCAACGUUGUUUACGAACAUGGAACUGUCAGGGCUCUGGCACAAUACUUAUUCUCUCUCAGCUCCGGUGAAAGCGAGCAAAAUAAAGACAACGUUCCACUGAUGGAAUCAUUGAUUCAGAAGUACUCGACAUUCGGAGAAGUUGUGGUAUGUCAAUUUUUUUUACCUUUUUGAUUUCAAAAUACUUACAUAAAAAUAGAUCCUGACUGGUGCUACUGGUUCCUUGGGGGCUCACGCUUUAUACCAGAUGGUCAACAGCCCCAACUUCAGAAAGGUAUACUGUCUUGUUAGAGGAGAAAAUCCUAUGGACAGAGUGAUGAAGUCUAUUAAAGAUCGAGGAUUGUCUCUCACUCCAGCCGCAAAGUCCAAGGUUGUCGCAUUCACUGCUGACCUUGCCCUCACUGAUCUUGGUCUCGGGAAAGCGAUGAUUGAGCAAUUCAAGACUGAGGUCUCUCUCAUUAUUCACUUAGCUUGGUCUGUCAACUUCAUCAUUGGUCUACAAAGUUUUGAACCUCAUCUUGCUGGGUUAAAGAACCUCUUGGAUCUGUCCCUUGCCGUCUACCGUUCAGAGCCAGCUCGUCUAUUCUACGCUUCCUCUAUAUCUACCGCUGAAAACACACCAGCACCGGCUCUUAUCCCGGAUGCGCCAAUUGAAGACUUCCACAACGCAUUGAAUAUGGGUUAUGCUCAAUCUAAAUUGGUUGGCGAAUACAUGGUAUUGAAUGCUGCUCGCGGAGGAGCACGAGCCUACGCUCUCCGUAUCGGACAGAUUGUUGGAGAUAGAGAUAAUGGCUUUUGGAAUGAAGCUGAAUUUGUGCCCUCCAUGAUCAGAUCCGCACUCUCCAUGAAAGCUCUCCCAAUAUUCCACGAGAACUGCUCUUGGAUCCCAGUCGACACCCUCGCCACUGCUAUCCUCGAGAUUGACGAGAAACUUAAGGCUCUUCCCCGACCAUGCGCUAUUGACAGCACUAACCCUCCUAUUGUUUACAACAUGGUUAACCCUGCCACUUUCACCUGGGAAGCACUUCUCGGCGAACUUUCCACUGCCGGUCUCGAUUUCGAGGCUAUUCCUUUCGGAAAUUGGUUACAAAAGCUUAGAGAGUCAGCUGCUAAUGGCCAAGAAGAACAAAAUCCAGCUGUCAAACUCUUGGAUCAUUUCGAACAGCGAUACCUUCAAAGUAACAACGGCCAUGGCUACAGUGGUGCAGAAGAUAGUGCAAGCUCAAGCGGCACUAGCAGUCCUCGAAGCAGUGCCUCGGGUACUUCAACACCAACCAGCAAGGGAACAAGUGUCAGCGAUUAUGAAAUCGUCGGAGUCACAUUUGACACUAAGGCUAUAUUGAGGGAUAGUAAGGUUUUGCAAAGCCCACCUGAUAUUAUUCAGGAUGGCUAUGUAAAGCAAUUUUUGAGCCAAUGGUUGAAGAAGUGGGUUAAAUGAUUGAAACCUUGAGGAUGAUGGGAUAUGAUUUGAUGAGUUUGAGGCACAGUAGAGUCUCUACGCGACCACGGCUUGGUUUUUUCUUUUUGCACCGGGAGGCGCAAAUUUGUUCCAUAUAACGAAACUUUUCUUUUCAUUAUGGAGUUUUGGGAAGCUUUUGCAUCUAUUUUUGUAAUCAAGUCUUUUUUAACUCACUAGUUUCAUG